AUGACUAAGCGGGCGAAGAUGGCGUACUAUGCCGCCACCGAUGACCCCUCGCCCCCAUCUACGUCAUCCCUCGUAACGGAGUCGUCCCCCGAACCAUCGAUGCCGCACCUUAGCCCUGAAGUGAGCAUUGGUAGGUGUUAAAUGGUAUGCUAUAAGACGAUGUAGACGAUGACCAGGUUGCAGAUGACAGCUCGAACCCGUUCAGUGGCAAUUGCUUCUUGACAGAUUUGAGGGAAUUCUGCUUAAGUGUCCAACUACCGCAAGCAACAUUCAAGUUGUUGUUCCAAUUUUUGCGGAAAUACCACCCAGAGGUGCCCAAGGACCCGCGAACUCCCAUGCAGACACCGCGAGCAUGCGUUACUGAGUCCCUCUCUAACGGCAGCUACGUCCACCUGGGCCUUAAACGCGGUCUGUUAGAUGAGCUUCAACUUCGACCUUCGGCUUUGUUCCCGAAAAUACGGGUUCAACUCCACAUUGACGGAAUGAAGCUAUUUAAAGGGUCUGGCCAGUGUCUAUGGCCAAUCCUCGGUCGAGUCAGCUAUCCUGUCCGUGGACUGCCGUUUGUUGUUGGAGUGUUCUCUGGUUCCGGCAAGCCUGAGCCUUUGGAUGUAUUUCUUGGCCAGUGCAUCUCAGAACUGAAGGAUAUUCUGACCAGCGGACUUCAGGUCCCGGAUACGGACGCUGUAGUUAGAGUUGAGCUGGCCAACGUUAUCUGCGACACACCUGCUCGGUCCUACGUCCGGCAAGUAAAAGCGCAUAAUGACUAUUACGGCUGCGACAGGUAAUUGCUGUAAUCGACGAAAAUGUAAUCCUCCUAGGUGUUGUCAUAUGGGUAGGUCCGUGGCAAACCGCAUGAUCUUCCCCGUACACAGCGGGCGUCUGCGGGAUGACAGGUCAUUCCGCACGAGAAGUCAGGAGCAGCACCAUAAAGGCACCUCACCUUUCGAGGACUUGCCUAUUGAUAUGGUUGCUACAUUUCCAAUUGACUACAUGCAUCUCGUUUGUCUUGGAGUCAUGCGGAAGCUCCUGCAUAUGUGGCGGCUUGCAACUGGGAAACAGUCAAUUACUAUUAAUGAGUCUAUUAAACAAUGCAGUCAAUGUCUGCCUGCUGAAUUUGCCCGCAAGUGCAGACCUCUUGACUGUCUUGAAUACUGGAAGGCUGCAGAAUACCGGCAGUUCCUACUGUACAUCGGUCCUGUAGUCCUUGCUAACCAUCUCGAUUCCUCCCAUUAUGAACAUUUCCUUCUUUUGUUUGUUGCCGUUUUUAUAUUUUCCCAUCCCAUUUUGCAUAAAUCCCUCAUUGAUUUUGGACGUAUGCUAUUAGAUAAAUUUGUUUCCGAUUUCCCAAUCUUGUACAGUCCUGCAGAUCUUGUUUAUAAUGUUCAUUGUUUAGUCCACCUCCAUGAGGACGUUAGUCGUUUUGGAGUUCCAACUACCUCCUAUUCUCAACGAAAAGAAGGAGAAAGAACAAGUUAUCAGUAAGCAUGCCUUAUCACAUUGUCGCUUUAGGUUGCCGGACGGGGAGAACUUGCCGCCUGAAAUACGAAAUUUGCUGAAAGAAAUGAAGCAAGAGUGGGCGUGUGUAAGGUAAACCGAUUAAAACCCUUUAAUAUCAUAUAGGAAAAAAUUGGACUUCCUUUCAGAGGAAAUGGUCUGGGUGAAGACCCAUACACAAGAUAUCGAAGCCAAGCAAGCCGACAAUCGUCGAGCGUUGCACGCAGUAAGCUUUGUUUCCAAAGUGAAGCCUCCCAUUCUACAACUGCCUUUGCGGACUGCCGAGGCGUAUAAAGACUUUCUUGCGAAAAUUGGCUCGGACAAUGAGCUAGCGCAGGAAACGGUAUGUAAACAAGCUUGGACACUCAUUACUGCUUAUAGGUAAAGCAUUUGUCCACCGUUGGGGGACGGACUGAAAAGGAGUUCGUGCGUAAUCUCCUGACAGCCCUUCUUGGACCUCCCCUCUGCCAAACUUUCUGUUGGGCUGGCUCCAACGACAAGAAGUCUUUUGUAGGGAGCCCUCUAUUCAGUGUCCUAAGUGGUCUGUUUAUUAUGUUUUUUUUAACACCUGCAGAUGCAAUACGCUGUAAUGAGCAGUACCGUAGCUGCCAUUCCGAAGUAAUUCGGCAAACAGCUAUUGAAUGGUUCCAUGGAACACGAGACAGAUACGGCGGGCGAGCAAAACGGCGUCGAGUAGCUGAUAUGGUACUUACUUUUCCAACAAGUUUUUACAACACAUUGAUUUAGGGUUCCCUAGAACAUUCAACAAGCAGCUUUGAACUUUCGCAAACAAUAUCGGAGGACACAGUGAGUAAAUUCAUAUUUGCUAUGUAGCCGGCUAAGCUUUGACUUUCAGUAUAAUUUUUUUUCCUCUAUUUAAUAUAAGUAUUAUUUAAAAUUAAUUAAUCAACCAGUCUGCAUAAUUUUCUUAUGUUCAGUACAUUUUAUUUUUAAUUUCUGCAUUAAGACAUACAUCUAAUUAGCGGAUACCUCUUUAUGAUUUACUUUCAAAUUAAUUAAUACUGAUUUCAAUUUUUUUCAUUAAUUUGUAUCGUUAUUUUGACAGCUGUACUUGAUAAAAACAUUUACAGGGGACAUAAAUGACUUAUUAGCCGAAAAUAGAUGGCUAUGUAUUCCUUUAGUCCCCUCUAAAUGUUUUUAUAAAGUAUUUCUGACAAUUAUUUUUCUGGCAUUUUUUUUUCACACCAUAAGUUAUUUAACUGAAAUUUUUAUUUAAGUUGCCCUAAGGAAAUUUAAAGUUACUUAGGGCAACUUAAAUGUUACACCACGCAUGCCGUUUAGUAAAACAAAAUUAUUACUUAAUUUACUAUUAUGAAGAAUUGUUUACUAAUUAAUGUUUUUUUAGGAGCCUGCCGUGGACGAAAACUUCCGGCAACACAACGAUGCCGCGUAAUUGAUUGACCAGAACAAAUUCCUAUCCCAUAUGUCCCUUGUACAUAUUACUCCGGUUUUUUUAUUUUUAUAUGUUUAAUAAACUAUCAUAUGCCAAUAUUUGCUGUCCAUUGUCUUUGUUUAUGCAGACCUAGGGACAUGUUCGAGUUUUCGGCGCUAUCACUAUAUUUAGAGGGUGGGCAAUACCAAACAAAGGUGAGGGUUAUGGGUGUUCAUCGAUCAGAAGUCGAAUGGUAAAACCGGCCGUGCGGAGAACUAGGAAAGGAAUAAUACUGGUAACGUAAAUUGGGGGUUAGUAUCACGGAGAGCGUGGCGUCCCCCUGCGCGUUUUUUUUUGAGGACGGGGCCAGACGGGGCUGGGCCCCGCCUAGCCCCCGGGGCUAGACGGGGCUAUCGCGUCCCUAGCCCCGUCGUAGCCCCGUCAUAGCCCCGAAACGGGGCCCAGCCCCGUCUGGCCCCGGGGGCUAGGCGGGGCUAGACGGGGCUGGUGCUAGCACCUUACCAAAGACGAUCGGGCAGCAAUAUGCAACCCUAUCCAGAAUGCACAGAAUCGGUCAUCGUGUCUUACAGGAAAGGUGGAAGUAGGGGCUAUAUGAGUAGGGCUAAUGGGUGGAAAAGAGAGCAUUCAAAGGGAUUAGGUUUAGAGAAAAUGCUUUCAUUCCGUGAACAGAAUCAAAUAAGCCCGUGUGUAACCUCGAAGGCUAUCCCAAAAACGGGUUGCUAGCGCGAGUUAACAUCAAAAAACCAAAGAAAGCUAACUAUAGCGCCUGCUUAAUAGGACGCCAAGCUUAGAGUUCAAGGCUGCGCAAUAGCCAAUAGAAACCCAAGGACGAGGAGCAUUGGUGAACCCCAUAAGAGUAAAAAGGGGACGCUGGCCUAACGGCACGAUUCAUAAUGAGCUAGAAUCACAAUGCCAUGGGAGGAUCUUAUCUACGCACUUUUUCUUGUUAUCUCAUUACUUACCGGAUUUCUCGUGCAAAAAGGAAAUCGUGAUCUUCGAAGGAACAUCUGCGUCGGUGCUGGAAUUACACUGUCAGUUGUUGUGUGUGGGACGGAUGUUUGGCAUUCUUUCGUACUCGCGCUUGGUUUCAUUCUCUGUCAAGCUUUGAUAAGUCCAAGGUAGGAGACAGCGCUUUUCGAUUUCCUAGAUACCUCCACUACAUCACAUUCAUUUGGGGAUUUGCGUACCUCGGAUUCUUUCACAAUCUCCAAUAUUUCGGAUUCUCUAAACCUUCUUGUUUUUCCAAGAUAUACCAUUUAUUUCUAACUCUUAGGGUAAGUAUUGAAACGAUCGCUCAUUUGCAAGGUUGUUGGUGUUGCGUUUGAACUUCACGACACAUGGAAAACUGCCUACACGCUUAAGAAGCUGAAAGAUGAGAACACAGAAGAAUAUCAACAUUUGAAACUUAAAUUAAAGCACAAGGGGAUUUUUGCCUCGCCUUUCGACCUACUGUGCUAUGUUUACUCCUAUAUCGGAAUGCUCACCGGUAGGUUUUUGGCUGCUUUUAAUUCCUAAACGGAAAACGGGUCGAUCCCUUAUACUUCCCAGUAGUGUACCAGACACAUUUUUCCAUAUAUUUUUCCAAUAACCUGAUGGAAUCAUUAAUUUGGUGCAUAAAUACCUGCAAAUAUUUCCCCAUGAACCCGACCUAAUAAUGUUCGACGUAUUUUAUGCAAGCGUAGACUUCUUACCCAUCCAUCCACUCUUUCGCUGACAGUCAAGAAAUCCAUGUAUUUAGUAUUUUUGCCUAUAAGCGCUUUGAUGGAGGCUGUCUCCUGUCAGUAGUCUGCUCAAUUUUUGAAGUAAAGUCACAUUCGAUUUCAACAGACUACCAUUCAUGGCUUAGACGCGGUUAUUCGUUUUGGCAGAUUAACGGUUAUUAUUCCGGCAACUUUUUUUACUGCGCAUCCUUUCACCGUCCUCUAGAACUUACUUACUUAUUUGUUAUGGUCGCAACUUGUUUAGAAAUGCUCGUUUCUUUUUGCAACCCAACUAUUUAUUUUGGGUUAGCAGACGAUGGCACGUUCUAGCUGCAAAGGCAGAUGGGACCAGCGGUUGUGAGGCGAAACUAUUCGUUAUACUCAGUGUUUCUGUAGUUGAUCGAGCUCGCUACUUUUCCAGGUCUUUGUUUACAGAGGGCGCCUACAUAUUUUGUUUUCUAGAGGGCAUCAUGUUGCUUUUAUUAACGUUUCUUUUUAGCCGGUCUUAAUAUCCUAACUGAUACAGUCUUUCAGGUCUCGCCAUUCCCGUAAUUAUUGGACAACUGACUAAACUUUGCCCUUCGUAGACUUUAGGCAAACGAAAGUUCCUCGGUCUUUUUAAUGAAAAUUUUGUUUUAAGACUUGAUUGGAAAAACUAAACAUGUCCUCACAGAUCGCUGUUCUCCUUCUGACUCCAAAAUAAUUCUUUUCACAGCAUUGGUUAUCCCGCAUUCUCCCUCACCUACAACAAGUUAACCAUGACCUUAACUGCCUCCAUAUUUUCCCGCUCGCUUUUCUGAUGACCGAUUUUUCUUCAGCAAUCGAAAGUUCUCACAUGUAAUUAAAGAUUUUUUCGCGUCAUGGCAUGAACUUCAAACACCUACUUUGCAGUUACAGGAAAAAUCGUUGCCUGUCAAUAAUACCAUGCUCAUAAAAACACCCUCUCAGUAGGACAUGGUGCAAAUCCGUCUGUAGCUAAGUUAGUAAACAGCAUACGUCCUGCUUCUUUUAAAUUAGCAUCUGACUUGUCUUUCAACUGAGCUCCGGGCGCCGUCUUCGAAAAUCGAUAGUCGAUGCUCAUCCGAUAGAGAGAUGAGAGAGGAAUUCUUUUUAUUUUGAAAUCGUAUGUUAAAAAUUUUCAGCAAAAGAUUGGCUCCAUUCACUAUGGACAGUAUAUAAGUUAAUAGAUUAUUCAAGAGUCAAAGUUUAACACACAGAAACGAUUAUUAUGGGGAAAGUUCAAGUCUUAACUUCUGUAUUUCUGUCUCUUCGCACGUAAUAUGACGCGCUAGGAAUGGCAAUACAGAAGCUCGAUAAGCCGAUGUGCGACAGGAUAUAAGUCGGAAUAUAAAGUUGGAUAUAUUCGCAUUUCCUAACUAAUAACAUUUCAUUCCUUCCCCAGAGUUCCACAAAACUAGUCGGAUUCGAACUGAUUCAGAUUUCAGUUCCCGUUAUCCUGUCGGAUUUGGUCCAAAAGGGUGAAAGUUACUAUGAGCAGGAGAACAUAGUCUAUGAUCCAGUGUAAUUGCGUGGGGGUUUUUAACUCGUAUCUUCGGUUCCAGAGUUCAGUUUUAUUAAACUAAUCGUCCUAAAGUUGUUGAGUCGCAGAUAAUCAUGCAAUAUUAAGGCCGUAAUUCCUGCCGACUACAUGGCGAACUUCUGUGCCAUUCCAUGAAGUGCAGGCUUACUUUGGUAUUAAUGAAUAAAGCAAGUAAAAAUGAGUUUGUAUUGUAUGCUUACUGAAUUUAAACGUCCAUUUAGUAAGGGUGAAACAUAAAUGGUUUGCGAAAUAUACAAGCUUAAUAGAAAUCUGAAUGGCUACAGACAGUGAUACUGCGAAGAAGAGAUGUUGCCAUAAACCAGGUUCUCUGAAGUAGCCAUUCUUGGCUUGCUUGUCUUCAGGAACGUUUGGAUUUUUUCGGUCGGAUUGACGAAACGCCAUCUUCGCUUGGAGUAGCAUAACGUUUUUUGUCUGUUUCUUGCCUCACGUAGGUCCCUACUACUCAUACAGAACUUUCAAUGACAUGCUGACCGGCUGGCCUGCAAACGCACCCGGGGUUUCUCUUGAUCCGUUCUACCGGCGUCUGCAAGAAGCCCCCUUCUUCGGUGUUGCUUAUUUCUUUUCAUCCUAUUUCUUUUCAAUCAGCGUAAGUAAAUGUGGUGCCUUUUUGGUUUUGUUGUACAUUGGGGUGCUCAAUUUGGCAUCAGUUUGGCCACUCUUGAUCUGGUAACUUCUUUAAAACAUAUAAACUAGCGGUUACGUUUUGAUGUCUCGUGCCCCAUCAUACAGAAGGUCUUGCUCUCUUUUUUACCCAAGGAAGCUGGCAAACAACGCUCGUUGAUGAUUAUGUUGAUAGCCCUAUCCCUACUCCCUGCUUAUCGGGUUCUUUUUCCGUAGUGAUGUCAGGUAACGGUUUGUGUUGUCAUUAUCGGCGCUUAGACUCGCGGCACUAUUUUCAGUUUUUUGUCAAAUAACAAUGAAAGAAAUGAAGACUUGCAUCUUCAACCGAUAGUUUACUUCUAAACUAGACGAAUUCACGCAAUUUGACGUUUGUGCACAUACUUGGGGAUAAGAAAGGUAAGUGAUGACUGAACUUGUAAUUCCUCCUAAGACCUAUUUUUGAUAAAGUAGUCGGCCUUAUUGAAAGGCCGCUCACGAAUCCGACGGAUAAAGUUAGUCAUCCAAACUUUAGUUUCACGAUUUUGUAGACCAGCAAAAACCGCUGUUCAUAACCCUGUCCUCUCUAAAAGGGGUCUUAUAUUAUCAAAGGAAUAAAGUUCUUACUAAAAAUCUUUUCAGAUAGAUACCAGGUACAGCAGUACGGUUUUUUUUAAAACAGUGGUUUAUGAUGGUAUUUUCAAAAUAUCGUCAUUGAACUGCAUAUUUCGCGAGUACCUAUAAAACGAGGUGUAGUUUUAUUGCUUACGGAUCAAUUUUGAACUUUUGUCUUUAGCCAUCAUACCAAUUCCACUAAUGUUGGCUUUAAAAUUAGUGGUAGCUAAUUUUCCGAUAGCACCCCGAUUGCUCGCUAAGUGACACGUCCUUUAGGUACAAAAUUUCUUGAUGUGCGGGCGUUUUCUCCCAAAAUAACAGUCGUGGUCCGUCCUCAUUGAUUAUAACUAUCCACAACUUAUUGCUGAUCGCUGUGGGUAUUUCUGGGUUGCAAGGUAGAACAGCAUCGUUUAUUUUGUCCUUCGGUCAGGAUAGUUUACUGUACUCCACUCCCGCGAGAAAGAGGAGGAUUGCACGGCCAGAAGAAAUGGACACUGUUAUUUUUUUCCCGUUUGCUCAAUUUAUUUCCUCGACUUAUAAUUGACUUAUCAAAGACCUGCGCAUAUUAGUGACUUCGGCCGCCAAAUUUUUACUGCGCAAAAACGCACGUUCCCCUUAAUUGUGUGACUGUGGUCGUCAUUAUCAUCUUCGUUGCUCAUGUUUGCAAACAGACGCAGUUACCGUUGCCUUUUCUGCUGUAUGGGGAAACGCCGCCCUCUUUAUGUGAAAGUUAGGUGUGUUGCCCGGGGCGGCCUAGCCGUGCGUAGUAAACGCAGACGGGUUUCCCAAUCCUGUCACAGUCACCUGCACUCAUGAGAUGACCGGUUGACUCGGACGGUGGACUGGUACACGACAGAGGGAAAAGAGAGUGAGAUCGACUCUGGGGACUGCGCCUCCGCGACACUGCAGCGCAUUUCCUCACUAUAAACAAUCUAACGCACUUGAAUCUAUCACGGGGCGCUAAAAACCGUGGCUUGUAAAGAUUCCAAGUUGGUCCUCACAGGAUGGAGGGUCAGACUGCAAUGGCUCCUCAGUGUGACCUCUUUGGCACUCCCACCAAUUCAGGGUCCGUACCGCCCCUUUCUUGUUUGUGUUUGGAAACCUGGUCAAUCCUGCGCGGACCGACGGGCUUUUUAGCCUUACUAGCCACUGCGCGCUGUCCUGCCUCCGACUUUCAUGACUUUGUCCUGACACCGGGCCCAGCUGGCCUAAGGAACGGAGAGUACGGUAGACGUACCAGAAGUUUGCUUUUACUAUACACUAAUCCACGCACAAGUCACGGUCUGUACCUCUACCCAGGUUGUCCAUUUAGAUGAGUUUCUCUGCUCAUUCCUCGGGUCAGGUCAUCAGUUUUGUUUGUUUACUAUUUGCGCUGGUAAAAUCCUAUUCGGCGUCUUCCAUGAAGUCGACAUUUUGCUUAUUUUUACGAGAUACUUGGACGUCAGUAGUUUUGUAUUCGGACUUACCACUGUACGUCUUAGUGGGUACAGCAGUGGUGGGGCCCGCUGCCUUGAGCCUGCCUGUGAGCCAAAUACUACGCUGUUGCAUCCUUUCUAUCACCCGUUACGUUGGCAUGUCUGUCACCCAUUUGAUAAAUUUCUAGCUGCAAACUUUUUAUGGAAUAAAACAACGGGGAGCACUGAGGACGCGCAUCUACUUAUUUGGACUAUCCUAGUUCAAGAAACAAGCGCCCCACUCUGACUGUUGGUUCAUCCAGAUCGAGGUCUUUAUACAUGAACGGGGAAGAGGCUGUGUGUCUGGACACUAGUUUUAAUUUAACUGACAGUAUGACUGAAAAGCGACUUACAGUCUUCUUUGGGCUUCCUUUUGCUUCGCCAGAUAAAGCUAUAUGUCUCGGCUUGGGUUGCCAAGAUGAUGCCUUCUCAAGCUAACAAUCUUUUCCGUGAGGAAGACGGUGAUUUGGAAAACGAGGGUGCUUCUAUUUUGCCUUUUCUUGUCUUCUAAAAGUUCAAGGAUUAAAGUCUUUAGUCGGUUUUAUGGGAACCCAGAAGAUUACUUGUUGAGCGCAUCAUAACUUUUUGACGUUCGAUAUUUUGUUGAGCUGAAAUGGGGAUUUUGCUCAAGUGAAGACGUCUUUGCGGUUUUGAAGACCUUCCUCCGUCUCUCGGCGGUUUGUGCGCUGUGGGCACGUUUCCAACUGGCUACACUGGACUUCACGAAUGCAGCCACACACGACACCGAUUACCAUAUUUUCGCAAAAUUUGGAGUUUACUUAGGGCAGGGAAGCAUAUCUAGAGACCUAUUUAGUGGAACUCAUUCAACUUCUCCCGGCCGUUGAACACCUCUUCGGUUGCCAUCUGUUCUGAGCGACAUCAGAUAGCUCUACGUUCUUCUUUCUAUUCGUGUCUGACGACGAGCGCAAAACUAUUUACUCCGAUCCCCACGUCUGCAGCUGAAGACAGCAAUUCUUAUAGGCAGUAAUUAGUCGCCGGCUUAACUGAGGGCUGGGGGCUAAGCCGUUGUAGUCGUCGUACCAACGUCUGAUAUGCAGACUGGACUACCUAAACACCUGUGAUUAACCUAUACGUGCAUAAUUACCCACCACUUCACACUAGUCAUAUUUACGUAACCCGUCCCUUUCCGUCUGUGCUUUGUCGUUCUAAAAAAACCUGUGUACUAACUGAAAUACCGAGCUAUUAGCGUUUCUCCUAAUCACAAUGGAACCUUGUUUCGCUCCCCAUCAUUAGGAAUAAAUCUUUAACAAAGAUCCCAUUUUCUAACCGCGUGCGUCGCAUUAUUAUUUGAUGGGAAUAAAGUUAACUGGUAAAUAACUUUUCAUGUUGAUCCAACCGUGAAAAACUCGGCGAGCUCGGUGGGAUUCGAACCCACGCUAACAAGGCUUGAGUACAAUCAGCGCUGUAGCCACGCGAGCUACGAGGCCCAACCGAGAGCCACGAGGUUAGCCGCAUUUUGGUCAAAUUAGUCGCUCAGCCUACUGCAACGUACGCAAUCCACCAAAUUCGAUACAGAAAAAUGACUGCCCAGGCAAGAUUUCCUGAGGAAUCCAUCUAGAAACCACCAGAUGACUACUAGGUCUACUUAGUUCAAGCGCUUAAAUAACCCUUCCUCCUCAGUAUCGCGCUCCCCUGCUGAGGUCAGUCAUGCUGCGGCAUGCAAGAUCACUCUAUGAUAAAAUGGCCAGCUGAUUUAAAUCUGCCGAAAUCUAAUCUGUCCUGGAAUUCGUAACAAAUGCCUACCUUUUCUGCUUUCCUUCAGCAUGUUCGGUCACCAGGCUUCCAGGAUCACGGGUACAGCUACCGCUUCGGCUAUAUGAUGAUCAUCUUCUUCGUCUAUCGGAUGCGAAUUUACUUUGCCUGGUUGAUGGCCGAGUGCGCUUGUAUGGCCGCUGGCCUGGGAGCCUACCCGGCUUUAUCCAAACCUCAGGUUGGCGAAGGUCCGACCGAUCUCAGGGCACUAGAUGAGUAAGUAACCUCGUCAUCGCCGAACCUCACUGAUUAACUGUAAUCAUCACCGCUGGAAAUUUCCCUACUCGAGGUUUAUUCCUCUUGUCCUCGUCUAUGUCCUUUCGCCUUUUUCCCUGAGCAGCCACGGCCAAAAGGCUAUAUGCCCACCGCUGACAGCCCUCAGAUCAAGGCUCUUUCAGUCGGGGCUAGUAUUGUCUUUCACAUUGGUGAUAUACAACUGGCCUUAAAGCAUUUUUUACUGUUGCCGAAUAUCUCAGCAGACACCAAACAUGAUCAAUAAUCUUAGAAAGUAAAGCACUGUGACAGGAUAUAGCUCAUAGAUGUUUUGGCAGAUUUUGAAUAAUUCAUAUUGACGCAACUAUGGAAAACUCGCGCCUCGGUGGGAUUCGAACCCACAUAUCAAGAGGAAGGCUUUAAUACAGCCAACGCUCUAGCCACCUGAGCUACGAGUCUCAACCGGGAGCCAUGAGUUUAGCCACAUUUUGGUCAAGUUAGUCGCUCAGCCUACUGCAACGUCUGGAAUACACCAAAUGUGAUACAGUAAGUUGACUGCCCAAGCAGGAUUUCCUAAAUAAAUCACCUAGAAUCCACCAGAUGACUACCAGGCUUACGUAUCAGAUUUGGUGGAUUCCAGACGUUGCAGUAGGUUGGGCGGGUAACUUGACCCAAGUGUGAUUACACUCGCGUCGUCCGGCGGGGCCUCGUAGCUCAAGUGGUUAGAGCGUUGGCUGUACUGAAGCCUUCCCCUUACUGCGUGGGUUCGAAUCCCACCGAGGCGCCGAGUUUUUAACAGUUGAGUCAAUAUGAAUUAUAGGCUAUACUCUUAAAGUCGCCGUGAUUUCCUGAAAACGGCACGACUUUUCAUAGGUAACUUCAUCCAGUUUACGUAGGCCUGAAACUCAGACUCCAACUUCGUUCAAAGUGUUUGCAUGUGACUUCGUUCACGGACGUAGGCCUAUAAGCACCCAAGUUUAAUCUAUGACGCUUGUUGGCAUAUAGAAUCGUUCAGAUUUAAAUAAGUUCUCAUGUUCACCUCAAACUACCAUAUUUUCCUUUAUUCAAACAGCCCAAAAGGUAGUUUGUGCGAGAAAAGGCCUCCAUCGUGCUAGAUUAAGAACUGGAGGCCACAAAGUCAGAAGCACUCCCGAGUAACCAUUUAGGCUCCGGUCAUUGCGUUUCAUGCGUUCACCCACCUGGUGUACUUCUGUGCGUAUUUACCGUCGGACAGAAUGGAACAAACUCCGUAUUCUUAAAAUUAUCCAAGAUUUUGAAGGUCAUUUAGCAUUUUUCCUUAGAGCCGAAGGAGUCGACUCUCGACGUCAGCACUGUCAAAAGCACUUCAACGGGUAUCUUCAUGCUGGCCACAUUGGUAUCUUCAGCUCUAACCGCACCGAAUGCCUCCCUUGCACAAUACACACGCCGCAUUCCCCUGCUUUUUAAUUGUUCAGUGACUGCUCCACUUCAAACAGUUUUAAGUAAAGUACUUGCAGAGACUUCUUUCUAAUCUACUGCAUCUUUAGUCAGCUGUGUUGUUUCACCAGCAUUAGCACUAGACAAGACUGUUUGUAUAAUGUUUUGUCUGUAAUUCUGGGCACUCAUGAUUCAUGUAUCAGAAAGUCGAUGACUGUGCGUUGUUUACUGACGGUUCUACACGUGCCAAUGUGCUAGUCCGCAUUUCAGUUUUUGUCUGUUAUCAGAUUGCACCAUUUCUCCCCAACACACCACAAAGGGCGUAACUAUCAUCCAGUCGGUACAUUUAAUAGAUCAUCUAUUUAUUUUCGCACAAAUUUGAAUUCACAAUAAAAGUGCCUUGCGUCAGGUUAUCUUCAAUGGACAGGUUAAAGUACGACUUGCCUAACUAAACAAACUCAAGUCACAGAGAGAUUUGGGAUCGUUUGAGGCAAGGGUAUGGUUUACGCCCGGGGUCACUUACUCCGGAGAGCAAGUGUGUUGAGGAAAAGAGCCGAACAUCCAAGAACUUUGUUGUAUCACAAAUUCUGAUCCUUGAUACUGUCACCAAUCAAAAGGGGACGCUAUUUUUACCAUUUAAUGAGAAUAAUAAAUAAAUUUAGUGCCCAUUUGGAGGCAUUGUCAAAAAGACAUUGCAUUGUCGUAUUUUUACUCCCAUGAAUACCUUGCAGCUUCUUGACCAACCUAACGCAGCAGCCACCGAGAGGUCUUUUCAUUCCUUUCUCUGGCACCUACAAAUAAAUAUCGCCAGUCGUUUAGCACCAUUGCUCCCCGUAGUAAGUGACCCCGGGCGUAAACCAUACCCUUACCUCGAUUUAUUGUCGAUAACUAGUAAUAUUUUUAGUCCGGAUAUGCAUCGAGUAAGGAUGGCCUAAACAAAUCAGGGAGCGGGGUUCUGUGCGGAAUUUGGGUGACACAAUGCUUGAUCCAUGUCCUAAUUCUAUCGACGUCAACUUCCCCCAAAAAUAUUUUCGUGCGUUGCUAACUUCGUGAAAACACGCUUCAGACGGCAGGCCUUGUACUGGGUGCGCUUUGAAUCCGAAUAGCUGAUUAAAGUAAGAUUUUUUGUCUUCGAUCUCUACUUUCGUGAUUGGCGACACAAGACGUCGUCUUUUGGGGUAUGCGCGCCCACUUUAUUGCUUGACCGCUUCCCUGCGCUGGACAGGAUUUUUUGUGCGAAUCAGUCUGUGUGGUCUCAGAGUUGCCGCCCUCAUCUGUCUCCUAAGAGUUGGUCCUUCUAGGUUUCCACUCUCCUGCUUCAGUAAUUACGCGGGGAAUUUUCUCCCAUCAAGCUUCUAUGUCCUUCAUUUUGAGAACUAAAAAGCGCAGAGUUAACAUUGUGAUCGUUCUAACUUGCCGGCUGACAUAAAUCCCUCUCGGCCGUAGCGCCCUUCCCCAGCCAUUAUGUCCCUGCCUUUAUGGCUUUUUCUGUUGCGCCUUAUCGGCGCUUUUGCUGUCUCGUUCGCAUCGUGGACGUUUUUGAUUUGGGCGCACAGGCGCCUACGUUGUUGUGUCCGUGACCUUCAAGAAGCAAGAAGGUUUAAAAGCAAACGUUAGUCGGCCACUGCAUGCUACUGGCCUUCGCCAUGUGACCUCAGAGUAUUCAACCGCAGGUUCGCUUGUACUUUAGGCGCAUCGCAUGUCCCUCACCUUUGGCCGUCCGCAGUGCACUUUUUUAAAAAUUGGGACUUUCACCUCUAGUCACUAUUUCCUAUCCUGAUUCCGCAACCUUAUGGGUCUAGGAGGAAGUAAUGGCUAAUCUUUGAAGACAAGCCAGGAAGCUGCUGAAAUUCAUCUGUUCUGGAUGUCAAAACACGGCAGGUGUUGGGUCGCCUGCUAGUUUGCAAGGAGUUCUGUUUACUGACUUACUUCGCUCAGUUGUUCUUGCCUAUCCGCCUGAGGCUAUGCUAGUCUCAUCAAAUGCAAUUACUGCAGAGCCGGUUAGGCCCAGCGUAAACGAAAAACCGGGUACAGAGUUUCCCAUAGUACAUGGAUGUCAUCGCCUCCUCAUCUUAAUUCCUCUCACAUCUGCGUAUCCCACUUGAAUAGGCUGAACCGAAACAGACAAAAAUUGGCCGUCUUCAACAUGUCCGUCUGCUGAAUCAGGAUCUUUUAUCUUGCUGGCUCAAAAGUCUAGCUGACUGUCUGUCUGGAAAAAUCUAACUUUACUUUGACUUCAAACCUACUUCAAAGCGCAGCGACGGCCUUUAUAACGAGCUGGCGCUCAUCAUCACCGGCCUCUGCGCCUGAUCUUUUCGUAGUGAACUCAGUGGUAAUAUCUUAUUGCCUGUCCCCCGACGAUCUCACAAAUCUCUGUCUUCAAGGGCCGAUUGGGCGGACAGAAUAUUUGUCUUCCCAUGUUGUCUGGUAACGUCCACACGGAGCACGGAGUGUUCGCUUUGGUAGAUGUGAAAUCUACUGAAUGUCCUCUCCCUCAUCCAUUAUUGUCUGAAAUUUGUGAACUGUCGCUCCACUUUUUGCCGCGCAGUUUUUUUUUAACUAUGCGAUUUCCUCAUUUCGCACCAACUGCGCGCACUUUUUACUGUCAAAACUACAGCCGAUGGUAAACGUUUGGAACUGAACAGAGUUGAUGAGUAUUUGAUCACGGUUGAGGUUUCUGGUUAUAGUUUAUGCGAUGUCUGUCUUUAAUUAAUGAUACCUCUUUCCCUCUCUCAAAAGUGCUCAUUAGGAAUGACAUUUACCGAUACAUCGUGCUCGCUAGGCGGGUUACGAACGCUCGCCCUAUACGCUUGUUUACGAUCGCAGCUGGCAGAACUUGGACCGAGUGAACAUAAAGUCUGGUUUUGGGCCCAAUCCCUCCCAGCAAGGUAGUUGGUUGACAACGGUAAACAAGCCAGAAACUGCCACCCCUUUUUUCAUUGCCUUCGGCACUUAUCGAAAGCUAAAAUGCACCCCCUCCCUUUGCGAUUUUUGCUUACAGGUGGAUGACGGGUCUGAACCUAGAUAGCUCUGCUGAACGGACCGAAGAAGAAUCAAUCGACCUGGACUCCGCUUCCGUCGAUCUUCAGGAUCAGGAAGCCCUGGACGACUUUUAUACUUUCGAUACUGUUCGAACAGUCAGUGUGUGGCAGUGUGAGUUCUCACCGACCAUUCGCGAGGGCAUGAAGGCCUGGAAUAUGACGGUUCAACACUGGCUCGCCAAGACAAUAUAUCUCCGUUGUCCCGGGCCGCGGCUGUUCCGGUAUGUUUUGCGUUAAAUACAACACUUACUGAAGAGCUUUCUAUAAGACAUAUCGGCACACAUCAGCUAACCAGAAGAGCUUAAAUUUCCAUAUGCCAAGUUGGCCAUUUUGGCUCAGUUCAUGAUGACACUGUUUCACUGGUGGUUCACCCGUCGAACACGCCGCUAACUAGCACUUCUGGGUGACUUGUGCAUGAAUUAGGUUAUAGCGGAAAAUAUGUGCGCAACGUUGAACACGCAUCGUCACUCGUCGUAUUCCAACGGUCGGUAGAGACGACCAGGUCUUGGACCCGAACGUCCCGUAUAUCUCGACGCACUUGCAACUCGCUCUGAGAAUGGCUGGUAUCUUAUUGGAACAUGCAAUUCGGUGGCAAAGCCGUUCCGCUAACACGCAGAAUUCGGAUGAGGAAGGUGUACACUACCUCUAUCGCUAAUGAAGUGUUUCCACCCUGGAUAAAGUUAUUUGAAGCCUGAUUCAACUAUAUGAGAGAGACCAACUGUUUUGUCACACGCGCUGAUGGGGUCCUUAUGUGGAGUAAACAUUGGGCGCAAACACUGCUUCAGUCGUCCCCGUUUAGACUUGACCGGCACUUGGUGCGAGCGAAGGGUGAACAAGGCCGAUUCAUCACAUACAGUAGGUGUGCUAACUCAUGAAAUAUUAACCGAAAUUCUGAAAUGCGUUUUGGUUUCGAAAAGAUUACUUAAGACAGAUUGUAAAAUUAAUCCCCAUGCAGCAUAAUUCUAUUAUAAUUCAGUUACCUCGGGAUGCUGGCUUUCGAAAGAACUUUUUCCGGCCGCAUGCAAAAACUACACUCUGUAAAAACGACCAGUUAAAUAGCAUGAAUUUUUCUCAUUGAUUUUCGAUACCCUUAAAAAUUCAAUUGUAUUUCAUGGAAAGCAUGCAUAAAAAUAUUCAUUCGGUAGAAACUUAUCUUUUCUUUCAAUUUAUAUCUGAAGGAAGGGUAUAAAUCGGUUUUCAAAAACGUUCUCAAAUUUCCGAAACAUUUUGAACAUACCCUGCCGUUACACUUGCAUUCAGGGCUCCCAAACUACAAGCCAUAUAUUUUUCGCGUACAGAAAAGUAUACAUUUCUCUACCAUAUUAAAAGGAGACUAUAUGCGGUUCAUAAAAGUCAGCAGUGGAUUUGAGACAUUGUAAACUUUACAAGCCACAUUAGCAAAUGCAGAGACACGAUGUUUUAUGAACGGGCAUUUCACGGUAUAAACAAAUCUCAUGAUUAGAGAAUUUUCGAAAAUCGAAUUAUACCCUUCCUUCGAGUAUAAAAUUGGAGGAUGACGUAAUUUCCUACCGAAUGAGUAAAAGAAUGGAUAUUUUUAUGCGUUUUUCCAUGAAAUAUAAUUGAAUUCUUAAGGGCAUCGAAAAUCAAUGAGAAAAGUUCGUGCUAUUUAGGCAGUCAUUUUUUACAGUGUUUUUUGCAUACGGCCGGACAUUUCGUUCGAAAGCCGGCAUCCCGAGGUAACUGAAUUAUUAUAGAAUUAUGCUGCAUGAUGGUUAAUUUUACAACCCUACUUAAGUAAUCUUUUCGAAAUGAAAACGCAUUUCAGAAGUUCAAUCAACAUUUCGUGAGUAAACACACAUACUGUUGAUCAGAAGAAGAAGAAGAAGAAGAAGAAGAAGAAGAAGAAGAAGAAGAAGAAGAAGAAGAAGCGAUCGCUGGAACAAGGGCUUUAUUCGCCCGAUGUUUCGGACUCUCACUUGAAUCCAUCAUCAGAGACAGUGGCAGAAAAGGGUGACUUGUGCACAGGAAAAUCGCAGUAUUUAUAGGAUGCAGUCGCUAUGCUACCGCAUACCUAUAGCAAUUAACCGCGCUCCCUUUCGUCAAGGAUGGGUGCCCGCUGGUGCCAUAAUGGCUUAAUGACCGGCAUGAUUGUUAAUCGUCGAAAUGUCAUCACCCCUGUUAGAUGCUGGCGUAAUGAUUGCUCAGUCAUCUGGCUCACCGGCUUGCGCGCUUCCCGAGUGAUCAAUUAUCUUGGCCAGCCUAUGCCUCAGCACGGAAUAUGGAGUGGGAAUGUCGCUGCACUUGUUGAUAGACUGAGGUCCCGUGAACCAUGACUCAAGCAACUCGCGGCUCACGCGAUUAUCCCCUCUCGCGAGUAUUUCGGCCUCCUCGAACUUGAAUGUGUGGAUAAUCGCGUGAGCCGCGAGUUGCUUGAGUCAUGGUUCACGGGACCUCAGUCUAUCAACAAGUGCAACGACAUUCCCACUCCAUAUUCCGUGCUGAGGCAUAGGCUGGCCAAGAUAAUUGAUCACUCGGGAAGCGCGCAAGCCGGUGAGCCAGAUGACCGAGCCAUCAUCACGCCAGCAUCUAACACGGGUGAUGACAUUUCGACGAUUAACAAUCAUGCCGGUCAUUAAGCCAUUAUGGCACCAGCGGGCACCCAUCCUUGACGAAAGGGAGCGCGGUUAAUUGCUAUAGGUAUGCGGUAGCAUAGCGACUGCAUCCUAUAAAUACUGCGAUUUUCCUGUGCACAAGUCACCCUUUUCUGCCACUGUCUCUGAUGAUGGAUUCAAGUGAGAGUCCGAAACAUCGGGCGAAUAAAGCCUUGCUCCAGCGAUCGCUUCUUCUUCUGAUCAACUAGUUCCGGGAACUCGCAUCUUCGCUUGUAUCGACACAUACUGUUCUUUACCCAUAAUAAAUGCGAGUUCAACUUUUAUUUCUUCACUCUUCAAAGAGCCUAACGUCGUAGUUUGGUAGGUUGCCGGCUGACUUGGUCCUCUCCAGGAAUGACUGUCAGGCUACAACGACUCCUGGCUGGCGCCCGUAUGUAUUGGCACGUGUAGCCUGCAUAGACGGAUAUUCAGUCUCUUAACUCACGUAUAUCUCCCUUCGUCUUGCCUUAUCUCGCCAAUGGGACAUUGUGGUCACGAGAAGAGAAAGUAGGUAGACACGACCAAAAGCUCCCUAACAGUAGUUUGAUUCACACGAAAGCCACCACUGCACUAUCGGUACAGUUGGAGUCCUCAUUUCUUGCGAUGGGGGAUGGUACCGUCAAUCCGACUCAUACGCAGCUCGUUGUUGUUCCUCCCUCGAUAGUGGUGGCUGUCUUCGACUUCGAAAGGCGAGCUGUUAAGUGUAAAUUAUAUGACCCUGGGCCUCAUUCAAUCAAAACGACCCGAAUUCUAUCACAGACGGGCCAUCCUGAUUCAUCGCUGCCUUUUUAGAAUGUAUGUAGCAGUAGCUUAAGAUGCAUUUGAAUGGGUGGAAUGCCCCUGCGGCCACUGCACUCAGUCGCACUCACAGAACUUCUGGCCGACAGGAUGACAAGCAAUUGCCUUCAGUAAUUCAUCCUUAUUCUAGUUCACUUACACAAACAACCAACUUAUCUGAGUCAGGGAUAAUACUUUGCAGGCUGAGGGGAAAUACUUGGAUUCCCUGCGCGCUCCAGGAUUUCGUCAGUGGGCAAGGAGGGAAAAAGUGGCAAAGGAUGCGCUUCGCAAUUAACGGAUUAUGCCGGUGACAGCUAGGCACACUUUUGACCGGCGUAUACGUAGUCCGCACGCCAUUCCCCGGCGCGUGGAGAACGAGACUCUCGAUUCCCAUAACUGUCACUUAUGCCGUCACCAAGGCGCGUUGCUGUAGUGAUUUUAUUUAGCAGUCCUGCCAUGGUAGAGUGCGCAGAGGGCCUGGUCAGUGUUCAUCCGACGUCCAGUGUCGAUCAUUCGACCUAAAUUCGAGCUUGGGAACCUUCAUUGUUCCGUAAAUAUUCUUUUUUCUCUCACAAAAAUAUGGGACGAUUGGCCCGGUUCAGCGAGAAAAAGGGAAGAUGCAUGCUCAAAUGGAAGUCAUCUGGGAAGACCGUUCCUAUUUUGCCUCCAAUUCCAGGCGGCUAAGGACAUGCGGCGUGUAUCCUCAAUUGAACGGCCGGAAAUAUCUCGACAAAAGUUAUUUAAAGUUUGCGUUUCCAUAAACCACUCCUGGUCUGUUCUUUCCUCUGGAAUACAUUACUAAUAAGAUAAGGGCAAGGUAUAGCAUGCGCAAUCUUGAUUGGCGAUAGCUAAACUGAAUUGCCUUUAAAUUAUCUCGGCGCCCUUAAACUCGGAAAGCUAUCAUCCCGCAUGAUAGAUUAGUUCUUGAGAGGGAUGCAAAAGCAUAAGCUAGGGCUAUAUCUUUCCGACAUUUAGGUUCGUCUAAAUACCACCCAUCGCGCUACGGAACUCACUCGUCCCGUUGUGCAUUACUGGCUCUCUCUCAAUCCCCGCCAGCAACCGCACAACAGCGCGUACUCUAGACAGAAUAGCAUUACUGACAAAGAUAAGGAGAUUGGGAUGACAAUUUCUGGCUUAUUAAACGUCAUCAGCCAACUGUACCCAACUCCCACUGACUCUGUGGCUCAGUGCUACGGGCGUUAGACUGCUGAUCUCAAAGCCUGGCUGAUGACGGCUAAUAAGCCCCGAAUGGCCAUUCCAGUCUGCCUUGUCUUUGUCGGAAUUUCUGUUCUGCCUACAUUACUAGUCGCUGUACGACUGCUGGCGAAGCUUGAGAUUGAGCCCCAAGGCACUCACCAAUCACUUUUCGGAAGUAACUUGUCCCGCUCCGUCUUGAGUCUUUGCCUCUCGAGCCCUUCUAUAGGUUGUCUGUUCUUUUCUGCCAUUGCCCAGACUUUACCACUGUGUUCGAAUCAUGCCAUUGCUCUCGUCACUGUUAUCUUUGUCUCCUCCAGCUCCUUUGUCACUAUGUUGAUAAGUGCCUUUUGGCAUGGCGUUGA